CUUCGUUUGAAAAACCCGAUAAGCAAACCAGCCAGGAAAUAAACGUCAUAAAAUGGUAUAUUAUUCCCAGCCCAGGUAUUUACAGUGCAUUUUCCUACUUCUAAUAUUUCUGGCUGUUGAGGCACACCCGUUUCCCAAAUACCACACCAAAUCUGAUGGCUAUGUCACGCCUGUUAUCAAUUCAGAGGUGCAAAUUCUGGACAAUGAAAUACCUGGAUACUUCCACUUUAACCUGCCAGAUGGAGGACACAUACGGGUGAUUUAUCAUGUGGAUAAGUACGGAUUUUAUACCGAAACUUUGCCCUGACAUAUGAUUUUUUUGCUGGGCGUGUUUGUCUGCAGUUUUGCCAUAAAUGGAAACCAGAUUUAUUCCAACGAGUCUAAUUUGUAUUUUAUUUUAUAAAAAUAAAAAUAAAUGCAAAUAUAGAUCAAAAUGUUGUUUAGGACCGUUA